GAAAAAAAAAACUGCUUGUUCCGCUGAUUUCAGACCCGCAUAGACACAGUCUAACUUCCUUCCUGCUUUUUAGUACUUUAAACAAACAUGCAAAGCCAAGAGAAACGGUCUGCUACGAGACUAUACUGUACAAGAGCUAACCUGGAUUAAGAGGCUGACGAAAACAAACAUCCCACAAAAAGAAGCAGCUCCCAGAAACAUUCUCCAUAAUGUUCCUACAGAUGUUGGAUUGGUAACCUGUCUAGAAAGUUGUACUUGUAGCUGCUAUGCAACGAGGUCGCUACUACAAUUUUUACGUGUAAGGAUUUAAAUGGAACGUAUCUGUGAUGUAAAACGCAAUAACAUUGUUUUAGCUAAUUUGUUUAUGGAGUUUUCUGUGUUGAAUUAACCUCCAAGCAACAGCCUGUUUACCCUGUCAGUCCGACCUUCCUGUCACCUCUGUGGUCUUCCAAAGCAAUGCUGGGUUUCCUGAACACAAGCAGCAUCCAGGACCAAGGCUAAAUGGGAUCCAUCAAGACACCAACAGCCCUGUACUAUGGCUGCUUAUGCCUUGAAUAGUUUGAUAAUGAUGAAUACCAACAAUCUGAAAAGUGGCAGCACUCCUCGAACCGGAAGGCCAGUGUUGCCUGUGCCAGACAGAAACACUGCAUAUUGCCAAGUCUUAGUGAGUGGAGGCAUGUACAGCCCUGGCAGUCUUAGCCCUUCCUCGCCCAGGACCACCUUUGUUUUUCCAAGUGUUCCCGACCAAAGCAGCCACAGAGGGCGAUCACCGACGAGGCAGAAGGAUACCCUAGGGGUGGAACAGGUGGGUCGCGUAAGGAGGUUGAGCAGCCCCAAUCGGGGGAGAUUUAGCGAUGACAGUCAGCCACCCAGUCCUGGACCUUUUGGCGAGCUCAGCUGGAAGCUGGGCUUUCCAGAGGAGAAGCAAAUUAAAAGGACGGUCCAGAUCCCCCAGAUACACAGGGAGUUACAAAACGUGGAGGUGAACAAAAAAGUUGGUCUGUUUGAAGCUCACAUCUCGGACAUACGGACCCAAGUGCAGAACUCGGAAAUUAUCCGCAGUCCACGACCUAGCCGUAAACCUGCAUUUGCCUUUGAGCCCAGCAAGAAUGUCGAGGACACAGAAACCGACCGGCCAGCCUCUCCCAGACUGCCAGACCACUUGUCAAACAUCCCCAAAGAACUUCAGAAUGGGAAAGGAUCUAAUGGCUCAGAGGUAGCAGAUUGCAGCAUGGUGAAUUGUAAAAAGGAAAACAGCACAGCUGAUCCAAAAAGGGAACAGGUCACUACUUUGCAGGAUGUUAAUGCACCAGCAGCCAGCAGUCAUUCCCUGAGUUCACCUAAGGCCUCCAAAGUUGGCAAGAACUUGGCAGCCCUUGAGGCAGCAACAGGGACAAAGCCCAGCUUGAUUGAAGAAGGAGUCAAGCAACAGCAGGACCUAAUGCAAGCUCCAUCCUCGGCCUCAGGUGGAGGGAACUGCUCUGAUCUGGGAAAUAUACCCUUUGUCAUAAUCACGGACCACGGGAUGGAGGCAUCUGGGGAUGGGGCAGAUUUACCCCGCAGCCCCAGUGCUAGUAUAUCUUUAAGGAAGCUCUCCUCAUCUUCCGCCUCUUCUGCUGGCUUUUCUUCGUCCUGGGAGGAAUCCGAGGAUGAUAUCUCAAGUGACCCGGAGCGAGCGGAGGGGCAGUCGUCAACAUUCCUACAAACCGGAUAUCAGGGCAACAGAGCGAGUAAAUCAUGGAGGAAAAUCAAGAAUAUGGUGCACUGGUCACCAUUCGUCAUGUCCUUCAAGAAGAAGUACCCUUGGAUCCAGCUGGCUGGGCAUGCAGGUAGCUUCAAAGCUGGCGCCAAUGGCAGGAUAUUGAAGAAACACUGUGACUGUGAGCAGCGUUGCCUUGACCGGUUGAUGAAUGAUAUAUUGAAGCCCUAUGUCCCUGCUUACCAUGGCGACGUGGAGAAGGAUGGUGAGAAGUAUAAUCAGAUGGAUGACCUGCUGGCUGAGUUCGAUUUGCCUUGUGUCAUGGACUGUAAAAUGGGAACCAGGACAUACUUGGAAGAGGAGCUAACGAAAGCCCGUAAGAAGCCCAGCCUACGGAAAGACAUGUACCAGAAAAUGAUUGAGGUGGACCCAACCGCGCCAACGCCAGAAGAGCAGGAGCAACAGGCAGUGACCAAGCCUCGCUAUAUGCAGUGGAGGGAGACCAUUAGCUCAACAGCAACUCUGGGCUUCCGAAUAGAGGGAAUUAAGAAGGAAGAUGGCACUGUAAACAGAGACUUCAAGAAGACCAGAAGCAGGGAGCAGGUCACUGAGGCCUUCCAAGACUUUGUCAAGGGAAAUAAGAAUGUCCUGGCUGGUUAUCUUAAACAACUAAAGGACCUAAGAUCAACCUUGGAGAUUUCACCAUUCUUCGAAACCCAUGAGGUAAUAGGCAGCUCUGUGCUCUUUGUCCAUGAUAAACGAGAGCAAGCCAAAGUGUGGAUGAUUGACUUUGGCAAGACUACUCCACUGCCAGACGGGCAAGUCUUGAGCCACCGAGUGACCUGGGAGGAGGGCAAUAGAGAAGACGGCUACCUCUGGGGGCUUGACAACCUCAUAGACAUUAUCACAGAAAUGGCGGAGAGUGACUCGCUUUAAUACAAGUAAAUUGGUAUGAAAAACUAAAACACCCUUGGAACCCGCACUACAGGACCCUCUUUGUUUCCAAAAAGCUACUGUCCCUCCAAAGAAAGAGCUAUGUAGAUGUUGUACAUAUUAGAUAUUGUUAAGAUGAUGUGUCAGUUUGCAGAUUGUUGCAGCCUUAUCUUAAGUGUGCAGUUGCAUUUGUUAUGGGAAGUAAACCCACCCAUUCAUCCCUGUGUAUGUGAACUCCAUUACAAUAGACAUCCUCCUAUAUAACACAACAACCAUGUACCAUUUCUGUUAUAAAUAACAGACACAAAAACUCUUACAAUAUAUCACCUUUUUAUUUGAAACGCUGCAACUUCCAGCAGCAAUUUCUGUAUUCAUUAAAUCAUAUCCAGUUUCACCUUUCCCUUUCAAAAUUGAGAAAUUAGGUCUUCCUGGGCAACAUGUUGGUUCAUAAUUAUUGGCCACCAUUUAUGUUACAAGAUUUUGUACUCUUUAGGUCCAAACAUACUUACUGCUGUUUUAUUUUUCACUUUUGCAAGCAACUGAGUUUAACUUAAAUGUAAUUGAGUUACAUAAUCUGUUUGCAACAGACGUAAGAUUUGUUUUACCUUUCUGAAAACUACAAAUGCAACCAAUAUACAAAUUUCCAUUUCAAUAAUGCAGAAAUGAGGAUUUAGUGUAAUCGGUGGGAUUAAUAAUGAUUCUAGCCAACACAUUCUGGAUUUGACUAUUGCUUUUUCUUCCUCAAAUCCUGCGGUUUACCAUGUACUGCCAAAGACUGCAUGAUAAAAUAGCUAAUAGUAAACAUUAGUAAAAUUAUUAAUUCGGAAAAGAACAGGAAACUAAAUUGCAUCUUCAAAGCUAUGUUUAAAUGCAACUAUAAGACGUGUAUUUGUCUCUCAAAAAAAUAUAUAGAAUUUAGUACACUUGCGUGAAACUAAGUCAAAUAGAGAAACAUUUAGUGCGAUUGUUUGCAGUUUAUCCAGGCAUGCCAUGUACUGUACUACUAAUUUACGGGGCGUUUGUUGAGGCUGUAAGGAUAGAGCAGAGGAAGCAGAAACAAGCUUGUUAGUGGGAUAGAGGCAGUCAAAGAGAGCCCGGACUUAGGAUAGAAAGCGAGCCGAUGGCCCGGACUUAGAGGAGGCCUUGGAGGGGCCUGGACUUGAAGUUAGGAUAGGAAGAGAUCCCCGAGAGAUGGGUCUGGGACUCGGCACUGAGAGCGUAAAACGGGCCACAUCCCGAGGGAAAAAGAACAGAGCCUUGGGUGACGAGGUAAGAUUAGCGCAUGAGCUGAUUCAAGAUAGUGUGGCCGGGGGUCCCCUCUGACUCACAGCGGUGAGAAUCCCCCAGAGCGAGAACGAGGUCGCUGAAGCAGACCUGAGGUCGGGGAAAGUGAGACUCAAUUGCCCCCCAGAGGAGACCGAUGCAAAGGCAUGCAGAGGAAGGUGGAGGAGGAGGAGGAGGAGGGGAGGAGGAGGACAAAGCAAAAACACUAGACAGGGGAAGUGCGUAAGAUUGUGCUUUGAAUAGAGAGUUAAUAAUGAUAGACAUUAAUUAAGAAGCCUCAACGUCCGCCCCCUGAAUCUCGCACAAAUGCUAACAUUAAUGUGCCUAAGACAAUACACAUGCUGAACAUUUAGACCAAUAUUCAAUGUACAGUGUGUGCUGUCAAUGUUUUUUUUUAGAUUUUUAAAUGAACAUGUACUUGUUCAAAUUAACUUAGAUCUCUAGACUACCUUAAUAUUUAUAUACAUUUUAUUGAAACAUAGAAUAAAAAUAGGGCUGAAAGAAAAAAAUGAUACACAAUGUUCUAAUAAAAACAAAGCCAUGGAUGUAAUUGUUUUCUGAUUUGUGUACCAUAAUUCCAACUAUUUUCCAUUCAAGUUCUGUGAAGAAGCACACAUAAAUGUGUCUAUAGCAAAGUAUUUUACCCUUGCAUGGAAAGGCAUGUUUGUGUUUGUCUUCUGUGUCUACUUUGCUAUUAAAUUUCUCUUCAUUAUAGUCUAAUAACUUUUAUUAAUGUUCACAAACCAUACCAACACGUUUUCUAUGAGUACAGCCAAUUAAUGCUUUAUGAAUACCAUACAUAGUGACAAGUUAUUGCACCAUUGGAUUCAAGGUGCUCUGUGGACAGUAGCUUUGAUGCUGCUUCACUGCUCUCUGCUGGAAGUUAGUAGUACUAGUGCACAGAAAUCACAAGUGUGCAUGUACAGCAUAUGGUUACUUACUCCAAUCCCUUCUGGCAUUUUGAGCUGAAUCUAAUCUCUAUUUUACUGUCAGGGGAAAUUUUGGCCCAGUUAAAGAGAUGCUGCAUGCAGCCUAUUCUGUGUACAGAUAAAUCAGCAUUGUAUAUUAUAAUAAAGUAGGUGAGCUGUUUAAAAUUGGGAGAGUAAGAAUCCAUGUUAUAUUAUGUUUAGAAAUGUGUGAGUUUGGUUUGUAGGUUUGUGCAAAAAAAUAAACACUGGAUAUUGUGUUAAGUACAUUCCCAAUUACAUUUUUCUUUAUCUUGUGUUUUCACAGACCCAGUAGUAGUACAUUUUUAUUUUCUUUCGUUUUAGCGCUUUGUCACUGAUAAAUACCAAUACAGGCUUUAUGCAAACUAUAGCCUGUUUAAAUUGCCCCUAACUAAUUCUCAAAAAAAUAUUCUCCAUUUCCUUCCCUAUUCCCCAGGUCACCACUAUAAAUGAAAAUCUGUUCUGAGUUGGUCCAAUCUUGAUAAAUAUAUUAUUGUUAAUUGAUUGAAUUGCUUUGCAUCCUAGAAGUGUGGAAAAUGUUUUUAGUGGGAGAAGUCUAGGAGAUUUUUAUUUUUUUAUUUUUAAUAUAACCAUAUUUAUUGUGUUAUUCUCGUGAGAACACUAAAUGUAGAAUGUUGGUUUUUUUUUAAGAUUUCCUGUCUAUACAAUCCUAUACAUUUUGUUGCAUAGCUGUAUAUUUUAGGGUUUAUUGUGCUUUUCCUUUUUUAAUGUAUAUGCUUUGUAUGGAGAAUCUAGCAUCAGCUGUGUUUUGUACAAAUGAUUGGGUUUUUAAAAGCUGAGUCAAGACUCUGGUUUUUGGUUAUUGUCUGAGAAAUUUAUCGUUUCAUACCAGCAAAUGCUGUUCAAGUACUUAACGGGGCUUGUUAGAUUUCCUCACCUAUGACUCCCCUUGUUUAUUAUGUCCUGUAUGAGAACAUAUUUGACCCCCUAUUUGGUUACAGUUUAAGUGCCCAUUCAUUUAUUUUUUUAAUUAUUUGCUAUGAUUAAUAGGUAAUCAUUUAUUAAAAUAUUCAAUUUUUUUUAAUUAUCAUUUUUAAUCAAAUUUAAUAGAACAUUGAAGUGUAGAUGCACUGAGUAAUAUUAGUUAAUUAUUAUUUAAUUCACUAUUUAGCAUUUUCAUUUCAUAUAUAUUUAGUAAAAUAGUGGUGAACACCAUCACAUACUAUAAGCCUGAAGAUGCAAGGUUUUUUUUUUACUCUAUAAAUAGUCUCAACAUAAAUCGCCCGCCCAAUUACUUUAAAUACAUUUUAAGUUUUGUUAAUACCUUGUGAAGUUAAUGGGAACUUAAACUGUGUAAAUUGACAUGUACUAAGAAGUAGCUUUUAAAGCUUGACUGGGAGACUUGAAUGAGGGACAACCCCCUUAUCAACUGGACCAAACUUGAUUACAUGUCUUCUAAAGAUGAAAAGGUACAGUACUGUGCAUUUGAUUGUAAGCGUGGUUUACAAAUAUAGCACGUUGACAUCAUGAUGUUUUACUUCACCUUAAAAGGAGAAUAUAGACUUUAAAUAAGGUUGAAAGAAAAAAAUAACCAAAACUGAGUCUUGGUCUUGCCUUAUUGAGCUUAUAGCUGUAUAUUAUUUUAGUUUUGUUUGUUGAAGGAUAAUUACAGAUGAAAUGUAAAGUUUACUGGAAUAUCACCACCGUGCCUGAAUUACGUAUAAACAAAUAAAGACAUCAUAAUAACAAAUAAAA